UACGCAUAUACUUAUAUAUAUUUAGAUUCAACACUUAAAAUAUUUUCAAAAUGCCCCGUUCUGCAAAGCCAAAGUCUUCUUUAUAUAGUCCUUAUGAUAAGGAAGAAAACAAUAAUCGCAACUUCGAGAUCCCAUUCAUUUUUCAAGAUUACAAUCAUUCCUCAUCAUCUAAAGUAAAGAAUACCUUUGAGGAGAGCUUCGAUACUUUGAUUAAUAGGCUGACCACAAAUCCUCCUUAUAAAUUAACACUUACAGUUGAUGAAUUAUUAGCUCCAAGUAAAAAAAAUUUAGGUUCUCGUUCUCGUCCUAAAUCUAUUCCCCCACGUCCACAAAAUGUUUUCAUAUUAUUUAAAAAAGAUUUAACCGCAAGAUUAAAAUUGGAACCAUCAAAUAAAGAUUUAUCCAUAUCUAGAAUUUCGAGCCUUGCAAAGGUCAUUUGGGCAAAUUUAUCUAAUGAAGCCCGCCAAUUCUUUGAAAUUCUUUAUCUUGCAUGUAUAGAGAAACAUAAAUCUUUAUACCCGGGGUAUAGAUAUACCCCUAAGAAAAAACCUCAACCUGAAGAGAAUAAAAGUCGUUCAAAAAAUUUAAGUUCAAAUAUAAAAAAACAAGUAACGGUAUUUCCGAAACUUGAUUAUGAUGAUUUAUUUACUGAAUUGUUCCACGAGGAUUCAGCUAUGAACGAAUUCUUCGAUUUUCAUUUAUGGGAUUCUCAUCAGAAGUAAACGUAUUAUUUUGAACAUUAUAUAUAUAUAUAUAUAUAUAUGUAUUUAUAUAUAUAUU